GAAGAGAAGGAGUCGCUGAGAAAGUCCUACUCGUCGGAGACGGCGUUGAGCAGUGCCACGACUCCGCCGUCGCCGUCGCCGUCGUCGUCGUGUUCGGAAACAGGCAGUCUUGCCAGUGCCAUAAUGACUGAGAUCAAACGCAGGUCGACACUUUCCAAAGACCCCGAGUCGAGAAUGACGGCGAGUGCGGAACGCAGGGACGUGUCGAACGCCAAGGACAUUGCUGGCCCGCGGAUCCUCACGCCUGCCAUGGACAAGACUUCCAAGAUUCAGCACCACCAGUUUCCUGGCGUACCGAGUUUAUUCGGAAAAUACAUCUCAUCAUCCAAAGCUAAUUUUUACUGCCGCCACUAUUUGGUUGCGACUGGGUGUUUUCACAUACCAUUCAAGUUUGCCUCAUCGAUGAGUGUUUUUUUGCAACUUCAUCCACAGCUGAUGGCGGAAUUCCGCCAAAAGCACAAAAAAAUGUUCAAGGACGGCAAGAAUAUGACCACCAUGGAGGAUUCGCAGAAAAUCGUCGUCGUCCAAAACGAGGUACGAGUGGAGUCGCCCGUUUACGACCUGCCGCCGCCUCCAUCAAACUGCGGAAGUCCGGAUUGUGCCCAGGAAACGGAAGGACGGUUCCUGACGUCAUCGCAACGACACUUCGACGCGUCGACGUCGUUCGUUAGUGACGAUCCAUUUCCUCCUCCUCCGCCUCCGAUCAUGUGCGGAAGUCCGGAUUGUGCCCAGGAAACGGAAGAACGGUUCCUGACGUCAUCGCAACGACACUUCGACGCGUCGACGUCGUUCGUUAGUGACGAUCCAUUUCCUCCUCCUCCGCCUCCGAUCAUGUUCCACGGACCCACGGUUCAGAGAAACGUGAGCGUUGUGAUGUUGACCUCGGCUUCACCUGAUUGUGUGCCGCCACCACCGCCACUGCCGCCCGCGUUCACGUUUUUUGCUCGUGCCACGAAUCAUUGCACCCCACAGGCAAGAACCGCACGAGGGAUCGCCCAACGUUGUUCCCAGGUGUCGGACCAGUGCAGCAAUCGUACAAAAGCGCCGCCUCCGCCAGUGCCGAUUCGCAAGGACCACAAGGGCGCCGCCAGCAACGCGACUCGCAAUGCUCGCCAGCAGUUUUGUCCACCGCCACCGCCGCCACCGAAACACGCCCCGGGGGCGUUGUCGGGAUCAACCAACAGCAGCGCCGCCACUGCGUCUCACAAUGGCGACGAUGACCGCGUGGUGGUGGUGCGGGACGCCGUGGAAGUCGAGUCCCUGGAUUCGCUGACGUUAGCAGAGCCGACCCCCGUGAAGCCCAAGCCGCCGGAAACGUAUUUCGACGACCGCACCUCGCUGGCGUCUUCGGGUGGCGGAUCUGAGCGGCGCCGCGAGCAGGACCAGCGCGGGCUCGUGGUGCCUGUCAGAAUGUACGGGGCGCCCAUCAAGCCGCCUCACACUCCUGUCGUCGCUUCGAAGCAAUACGACGCCAGUUCCGAGGAUUACCGCUUCAAACUCAACAAGGCCGACGCUGCGACUGCGACGCUGCGGGCGCGAGCCUCGUCUGUCGACGACUUGCUCGCUUCUUCGACGGGCCCGGGACAAACAGCGUCGACUGUGACGAUACUCGCUGGGAACGAGGCGAAACAGGUCAAAGGUCAACGGGAUUCGUGCGUGGCUCGUCAACGGGCCCGGUUCGAAGAGGGCACGUCGAUCGGGAAGCGGAACAGCGGCAUGACGAAGGGACCCUCGACGGUGUCGAUGUUCGACUUGGCGUCGCAGGUUGCUGCGAAGGCCAACGGCACCACGAGAACCUUCAAUUCUUCUGUUUGCGAGGCCACUGUCAUAGAAGAACCCAUCACGGAGUUGUGACGAAUGCAAGAACACAUAUCAGUGUGCGAAGUCAUGUCGACUACAGAAAG